UCAACCUACUAUAGUWUAAAGCUGUCAUCAAGUGAUAGCGACAUGAUGAAGGAUCCUGUACCAUCCAUUAACAACAAAGGUCUUGUUCCUCAUUCUGUUCUCUCCUUUUAUAUCCCUCUAGAAUGCACUGGAAAGAAAGGGGGGRCAGUGGAUGUUGCWAUGCAGCUGAACUAUACCAGGAUGGUUGGAACAGCAAUCAAUCAAUCGACACAAAAAAUGUUUAAAAUUCAAGUCAAGAAAUGGUGUGAAAAGACAGGAAAAGARCCUGACACAGAGUCAGGCAGUUCUCUCAAUCAUUGGUCCAGAGCUGCCAUUGUUGGCCUGUCGGCAGGAAUCACUAUCUUCUUAUGUCUGUCUGUUGGUUUGGGCCUGUUGUGCAAGCAUUAUGCAAAGCAAAGGAAGUUGAAGAUGGCAUUUGAAGAUGACUUGGACUUCGAAGAGAAAAGGGAAUUUGAUMAAAAAAAGGUGACAAGUUUACCUAUCCACAAGCCGUCAACGUCAUCAACAUCCAAGUCACCACCUCCUGUGUURUACUCACCYAAGCGUAAUAAACUGAGAGUGGCAAGACCAAGGCGACGCAGUGAAACAAAUGCAAGUGAUACGUCUACCCUUGAGCUUAUCGGYAAAGAAGAAUCUGAUGAUGAGUUACAUGUUGAAGUUAAAUUUUCCAAGGAAGAAAUAUCCAAUAGUCCUAGAGAGAACAGUUGGUGUGAAAGUUUAUCUGAUAUUUUGCUUGACCCUGAACAAUUAGAAAUAAAAGAAUAUAUUGGAAAAGGAUGUUUUGGAGAUGUUUACCAUGGAUUCUUGAGGAAACAAAAUGACUUUGGUGAAGAUGAAGUCGUGGAGGUUUUAGUUGAACUUGUCAAAGACACUGAUGCAUCAGAAGCGCUAGAGUCAAUUUUAAGUGCAAAACAGUACAACCAUCRAAAUGUUCUUAAACCAAUUGGCGUUGUGUUCGAUACCUCAAUACAAAUCAUUCUGCCUUACAAGAAAUAUGUCAGUCUGGAUGAGUUUCUGAGGCAGCACUGUAAAAUGGUGACGAACAAGCAGCGUCUGGAUAUUGCUCUUAAGAUUGCUGAAGCACUUGACUACUUGCAAAGUCAAAAUCAUGUUUAUAAAAAUUUAUCAGCAAAGGAAUGUUUGAUUACAGAAGACCUGAAUGUCAAGCUAUCAACUUACAAUAAAAACUUGGAUAGAAGAUGGAUGGCUCCAGARUGCCUGAUUAGUGGGAUUUCUUCACAUCAAAGUGAUGUGUGGUCAUUUGGUGUCAUUCUCUGGCAACUAACCACACAUGGGGAAUUGCCGUACCAAGGGAUACAGGUUGAUGAUCUUAUUAAUCACCUUGAAUCUGGRAAUAGACUACAACAAUCACUGAACUGUUCUGAUGAGCUGUACUCUGUAAUGCUGAAAUGCUGGAGUAUUGACCCCACUAAUAGACCAUCUUUCAAAUGGCUAGCAGACUGGCUACAAUCGUAUCUCCUCUCACCAGAUACAAACAGUGCUACAGUGUGUUAGCCCACAAGUAAUAAUUAUUAGAAUACUAUUGAAAUACAUGGCAACAAUCCCAACAUGCCGUGUGGAAUUAUUUUGUACAAACUGUAAAUAUACGUUAUACGACUAUUCUCGUUCUUAAUGAACGUCUUUCUAAAAUAUAGAUUCUUUCYGCCAGAAUCAUUGACACAUUAAUGUAUAUAAUUUAAAUCAUCUAAUGAUCUGGAUAUGAUACGCAAAACGUUUGUAUAUACAAUUAUAUUUUCUUUAAAAAUUGCUAGAAUGCGAUUAACAUUAUUUAACAGAAGAAUAUAGGACCAUAUAGCAAUAUUUCUGUGUUUUGAUCUACUCAAAAUUCAUUAAACAUAGGGGUUGAUUGUGAAAGGUGAUAAGCACUUUAAUGUCAGAUUGAAGGAGAAAAAUAAGUGAAAAUACACCUAAUUCUGCUCUAAUUACAUUUCCUUAAUCUAGUCAUUCAUGGUAUUGCAUAGAAAUAUUGCAUUGUAGAUAGAUUUUGCAAGUACUUGACUUUGAUCUUGCAUGUUUACCAUUACAUUGAUAUAAUCAUCUUAUUUACAUAUUCGGCAACAAAAAGCUGAAAAUGUAUUAGUCUUAUAAGGUAUUUUAUGGUUAAUGUGAMCUCGAUGUCAAAGUGUUGUAAGUAGAGAAACUUUAUUUGAUCAAAGUAUUUAUGUAUUGUUAUAGUUAGAGUGAAGU